AGUGUUACGUAAUCACAUUGCGACUGUAACACCGUGUAGCACACGAGGAUGUUUUCCUAUCCGUUAAAAUAGAUUAUUUCAGCUAACGUUUUAUGAAACACACGGAACCAUUCAUCUACCCCAGAGAACGAGAUAAAAGUACGAAUGGCGGACUUUGCGUCGCUAGGUCUCUCGGACUGGCUGGUGAAACAGUGUAAACAGCUGGGAAUCAACAAACCCACCCCAGUCCAGGAAAACUGCAUGCCUGCUAUACUAGAAGGUCGGGACUGUAUGGGCUGUGCUAAGACCGGAAGUGGGAAGACUGCAGCCUUUGUGCUUCCAGUGGUGCAGAAACUGUCGGAGGACCCAUAUGGCAUCUUCUGCUUGGUGCUCACUCCUACCAGGGAGCUUGCCUAUCAGAUUGCAGAGCAGUUUCGAGUGUUGGGGAAGCCGCUGGGUUUGAGAGACUGCAUCGUGGUUGGUGGAAUGGACAUGGUGGGUCAGGCCCUGGAGCUGUCCAACCAACCGCACGUAGUCGUGGCGACGCCCGGGCGGCUGGCUGAUCACAUCCGCAGUUCCAACACCGUCCGCAUGAACAAGAUCCAGUUUCUGAUAUUGGAUGAGGCGGACCGUCUGUUGGAACAGGGUUGUGCUGACUUCACCAAAGACCUGGAGACAAUUCUGAAUUCUUUACCGGCUAAACGGCAGACGCUCCUGUUCAGCGCCACGCUCACUGACACCCUGCACGAGCUGAAGAACAUUGCCAUGAACAAACCAUUCUUAUGGGAGAGCACGUCAGAGACACGGACAGUGGACGAGCUGGACCAGAGGUACAUCCUCACACCGGAGAAGGUGAAGGACGCCUACCUGGUCCACCUGAUCCAGAAGUUUACUGACGAGCAUGAUGACUGGUCCAUCAUGAUCUUCACCAAGACAUGCAAGGACUGCCAAGUCCUCACCAUGAUGCUACGGGAGUUUCAGUUUCAUGCCAUCUCCCUGCACUCCAUGAUGAAACAGAAACAACGAUUUGCCAACCUCGCCAAGUUCAAAGCCAGUGUCUUCAAAAUCCUGGUCGCGACUGACGUGGCUUCCAGAGGUUUGGAUAUUCCAACUGUCCAGGUGGUCAUCAACCACAACACCCCAGGACUCCCCAAGACCUACAUCCACAGAGUCGGACGAACAGCAAGAGCCGGGAGGAAUGGCGUGUCCAUCACACUGGUGACGCAGUACGACAUCAACUUGGUCCACUCCAUCGAAGGACACACUCAGAUGAAGCUGAAGGAAUAUCCUGUGGUGGAGAAAGAAGUCUUGAAGAUCCUCACCCAGGUCAACGUGACCCGACGGCAGUGUGAAAUAAAACUUGAGUCAACGGAUUUUGAUGAGAAAAAGGAAAUCAACAAGAGGAAACAGCUGAUCUUGGAGGGGAAGGAUCCAGACCUGGAGGCAAGAAGGAAGGUUGAGCUGGAGAAGAUCCGGGGCCAGAAGAAGAGGUUUAAACAGAAAAUCCAGGAGAGCAUUCAGAGACAAAAACAUGGACAGAAGAAAAAUAAACUAACGAAGAAGGCAGCAGACAAAACUGCCUGAUGUUCCCU